AUGUCCGGCUACCCGAUGAAAGCUCAGCCCACUCAGCAAAGCACAAUGAGUCGAAAUGAGGGUAGCAAAGUAAGACGAGAGGAAGCAGACGAUAUAUCGAUAUACAGUUUCUCGGAUGAACAUUCAGGAGGAUGGUUGUGCUGUUUCGGUAGAAGUUCGAGCUCGAAGAAACAGAAGAAGAGUCAAAACACAAAUACCCAUUCGAAUCAAAAUCAACCUGUCUAUCAGAAAUCACUACCUACUCCCCAGACUUCACCUGCAUUAUCGGAUCAAGGAUAUAACAACACCGUCUUUCAGCCUUACAAUACGCCGACCACUCUGCAGUAA